ACAAAAAAGAAAUAUAAAGCAAAAAAGAAAAAAAACACGACUUUAUCACCCAAAAAAAAAAUUUCAAAAUUUCCUAGAAGAGAGGUUGAAAGGGGAAUUAUCUUUUUAAAUAUAUACAAACUAGGGAAUUUUAUUUUUAGGUUCAAAAUCAAGAAAGUAGUAUUGUUUUGUUUUGUAGGAAUAAUAUUAUGGUGUCAAUGAAAUACAUAUUGGUAUUAAGUUAUUUAUUUGCAGCUUUUGGAUACGUAUAUUCAUCAUCGUAUACGUUUUUAUACGAUCUAAGGUCUCAAUGUCCUAUUGGGAUCUCUUUUCCAUCGCCUUUGCUUAUUGAGACGGAUGGAGAAUCACUUGACAAGGCUCUAAGGUCCUGUCAGAAAGAUGAUGCUAUUGCUAUUUUGUUCUAUGCCUCGUGGUGUCCUUUCUCGACAGGCGUCAAAUCAAAGUUUGGUACUCUGAGUUCCAUGUUCCCGCAAAUCAGACAUGUGAUGGUUGAGCAAUCAAGAGCCAUGCCCAGUGUGUUUUCAAGAUACGGAGUUCAUAGCUUUCCAUCAAUAUUGAUUGUGAAUCAGAUGGUGAGAGUGGGAUAUCAUGGCCGGAAAGAUCUUCACUCUCUUGUGAACUUCUACAAGAGGACUACAGGGCUUCAUCCUGUGGUAGAUGCGACUGAAAGUCAAACUACUUAUAAGGCAGAUGGUCACAAGGCUUCUCAGCUAUGGAAAGUGUCCUCUUUAAGGGAAUUGCUCUCUAGCGAACCUUACCUUGUACUAUCGGUUGCAUUCAUAUUGUUUAGGGCUUCCCUAUAUUUCUUACCAGGGUUGGUUGCUCGUGUAGUAGCAUUGUGGGCUGCUUAUAUUCCUCAUCUAAACAUGGGGAUUUUUGGAGAUUCGAGGCAGAUUUUGGGGCGUGUCUUCCACGUCAUUGACCCCAAGAGGGCUUGGAGCAAGCUAAAGCUAUGCAAAACGAGAAACUUACAUCAAGGUGCUAGGAAUGCUCGAGUUUGGGCUUCGUCCUUGACAUCAGUUUCGCUGGGAGAGACGUCAGCAGCUAGAGUGGGGUCCGCCUCAGGAGACUCGUAAGCUACUACACGUUGUCUCUUGCAUCGGAUCGUCACUAAAGUGAACAUACUUAGAACUCAGAAUCUGGCUUCUACAGCAAGUAGAGUGGUCUGCUUCAUUACCUUUAAUUUCUUCCCCUCCUGUGUUGUAUCUUAUCUUUUAUCAGAAUUUUUUCGUAUACGCAGAGACCAGAAGAUCUUGUGUUUUUAGAGUUUAGGUGGUAACAUGAACAACAUUCUUGUAAAUUUUGAGAACAGAGGGUUUCUAUGUAUAUUACAUGUUGACAAGAGGGUGACUUUGUAACA